GUCACCUUGCGUACGGUCACACUAAAGCGAAAGGAAAACAAAGCGAACAGAGACGCGAAUCAAAGCGCACGCGGCAAAAUGUAAACUUGCUUAUUGGUUUAUUUAUAACAGUUGCCGUCAUCGCAGUCGCAGUGGAUUUGGCCCGUUGCUUGCGUGUGUUAAUUUAAUUUAUUUCAGCCAUUGGCAAUUGCUGCGUAUAUUCGGCAGUAAUUAACCGAAUACAGAAAUCUAUAGGUAUUGCGAACGCCUGCAGUUUGCCGCCUGAUCGCGUACAGUUGGGACGCGCAUUUUUCUUCUUUUUUGAUUCCACCUCUGCGAGCUGGGAAAUUUCCACGAUGGUCUUAACGAAUUUCGAGUGCUGGGCACAUGGCGAUCCGGCGACAGCCGCCAAUUUCGAAACGGGGGCACUUCGUCCCGCCAUCGAUCCGUUCAAUCCACGUGCUGUCACCCACCUGCCGGCUGCACUUAUAACUGAUGCCGAUGCAAACAACAACAACAACAGCUUCAACAGUGGGCCACCGAUGCAGGAAGUUGUUAUGCCCAUGGAGGUGCGCUGCAAGAAGCGCCUGAAUCCGAAUGAUCCAACUGGUGGGGAUGUGGACCAUCCGAUGUACACCAAGCGCUGUCGCUACGAUGAAGCGGACCUGGCUGCCCAAUAUUGCAAUGAUUUCUUUUCACUGCCUGCCACACAAAUAAUUGGAACACAGGCCUGCUUAAUGGAUUACGAGAUGCAGGCCGAGGCGACACAGCCGCAACAUCAACAGCAACUACAACAGCACCAUCAGCAGCAGCAGCAACAGCAGCAGCAGCAGCUUCUUCACCAACGCAUUCAUCAGCAUUAUCAAGAACCCGCAGACCAACAGGCAUCGCCUAGGAAGCGUAAAUCAAGAAAUGACCUAGAUCUUUAUGAGAAAAUCCAAAAAUGUAAUGCCAAAUGCAGCGAAACCGAGGCGGACUUGUACAUAGCCACGCAUGGCGGUUGUCUGCAUCACUUCCGUAAGCUGAGCGGCACGGAGCAGGAGGAGUCUGAUAUCUGAACAGUGUACCCAUAGGGUACUUGGGUUGUCUAUAGCCUAAGCCGAUAUACAUACAUAUAUAGAAUCAAUGAAAAUGCAUUGUAAAUCCUACCUUACCUAAGUAGUAAAGUAAGUUCCGCAUAUCGAAACAUAAAGGUGCUUAGUCUUAGUAUUUGGAUUCUAAUAAAAUCAGAAGCUAACCCUAAGCAGCUCAUCUCCCACUGA